AUGUACAACCCAUACCAGACACAAGCACCGUUUGGUAGACCGCCGGAGUUUACUGCGUUCCCUGGAGUACCGUCGGGCAUGCCGCCUCCUCCAGGAUUGUCAGCACCUGGGACCGGUCCUCCACCUGCCAUGCAGCAGUCGAAUACGCAGCAACCUGGCCGACCAGGUGGAUUCCCUCCGAACUUUCAACCCCCCGCAAACAUGCCGAAUAUUAAUUUCUCCGCCCCCGUUAUCCGCCUUGGUACCUCCGGCGCAUCUAAAUCAGCUGCUCCUGUGGAAAGUGGCCGGGAACGUGGAGGAGAGUCUGGCGGGAGACGCGGCGGCCAGGGGCAACACUCCUUGGAGUCACAGCGCCAGAAUUUACGCGACGCUAUGUUACAACUGCAACCGCCUACGAAAGAGGAGGUUGUGCGGACUAUAUUUGUUGGUGGCAUAACGGAGGGAGUUAGCAGUGACGAAGCCAUAGAACGGAUACUUCGGACUGCGGGAAAUUUGAAGCGCUGGAUUCGCGCUACGGAUGCUGAUGAUAAACCAUGCACGUUUGGCUUUGCAGAGUACGAGGACCCUGAAAGCCUAAGCACUGCAGUGGAAGUGCUAAAGGAUAUUGAAGUGCCCGUGAAGAAGCCGACUCCAGUGAGAGAGGACGAAGGGGAUGAGGAAGAGGUUGAAAAGAGCAAGUUACUGGUGGUUUUCGACGACAGCUCUCUCAAAUACCUCGAGCAGUUUGAGUCCACUACCCAGCGAGACCCCGAAGCCGAGCAAGCACGGUUGGAUGGGGCCAAAACAGCUCUAGCAAAGGUCCUUUCCGAGAUUACCAACCCACCAGCCCCCGCAAAACCGGACGACACUUCAAACGCGGUUGACGGCGAGGGCGAUACGCCAAUGAAAGAUGUAGACGGACAGAAGGAUGGGAACCCUGCUGAAAUUGUUACGAUUCCUAUUAACGUUGAGGAUGAGUUGUCAGAUAUCCCUGCUGAAAUGAGAGAAACCGUUGCAAAAGAAAUCGCAGCCUUCCGUGAAAGAAGCAACCGUCGCGACCUUGAAAGACUGAAGAGAGAGGAAGAACUCGAGUCUUUAGAAAGGGCUAGGGCGAGUGCUCCCAGGCCAAACAGAUUAGCUUCGCCUCCCCCAACUGCACCAAGUGGCCCUGCAGGAGGUGCGAAUGGCAUCCCUCUAGGACCCAGGGACAAGGGUGUUCCAAAGGCGCCUUCGGCUCCGAAAGGAUUUGGUCAUCAAAUUCCAAGGGACUACCAGAAGGGAGUAUCAUUUGUGAACGGGAGUGGAAUAAAUGGUGCCAAUGAAGACGAGGAUACUGAUGCAAGCGAUGAAGAGCUUGAACGAAGGCGUAAGGAAAAGAAAGCUGUUGAAGCGGAAAAGCAAUAUUUAGAUCAAGAAAGGCGGUGGCUGAAUCGGGAACGCAGCAGAACAGCAGCCGUAGAGCGAGAGAAAAAUCGUGACAAGGAAGAAGAUAUCCGCCUAGAGGAGGAAAAGCAAAUUAUGGCUAAACGCCUGCGAGAAUGGAAUGAUGACCUCGAAGCUAGCCGAAAAGUCGAAGAGUACUACGCUGAUCGUGGCGUCUGGAUACGAAAUAGAGCUGCAUUUAGAAAUAGAGAGGUGAGCAUGGAUGAAGCGGAUCGUGUUGCGGAAGAGCGUGAGAAUGCCCGGACCCAGCAACAAGAAGAACAAGCUCGUGGCAUGGCGGAUGACUUCCUUGCCCGGCAGGCCGAAGAGUUGGAAUCCCGGACCCAAGCCCCAAGAGAGCCACAACGCUUUAAGCUGUCUCUCGGUGCGGCAGCACAGAAGGCCCAAGCUACGGCGCGGAGAACUGUGGCAGAAGUCGAGGGCCUCCUUGAGGAUGAGGAGGAUACGGGAGCCGCCACGAGACGGCCACUUACGUCUAUUAAAUUUGAUACAGCGGCUGAGUCGGCCGGUCUUACGGAUGAAGAGCGCGCCCAGGCAGCAAGGCAGCUUGCUGCCGAUAUCCCAUCGGACAAAGAUGGCCUUUGGAACUGGGAAGUUAAUUGGGAGUUUGUGGAUGAAUCCGUUCGGGGAGAGCAACUUAAGCCAUUUGUUGAGAAGAAAAUUAUGGAGUACCUUGGUGUCCAGGAGCAGAUGCUGGUCGACGUGGUUGAGGAGCAUAUUCGGAAACGAGGGCAUCCUCAGGAGCUAGUCGAACUGUUGGAAGAGGCUCUGGACGAGGAAGCGGAAAUCCUGGUCAAGAAACUCUGGCGCAUGAUUAUAUUCUUCUCAGAAAGCGAGAAAAGAGGCCUUUCCGCUUAAACACAAACAGAUAUGUUUUAAUAGGAACGGGGGAGGGUGAUGACACCCAGUUAAGGUUAAUUCUAUAAAGUUUAACUGAUUCGUCCCGUCAUCCUUCAUAGACACUAGUACUAGCACUAGUACUUACCUGCCUGCCUGCCUGCCUACCUGCCUGCCUGCCUGCCUAUAUUCUUUAAUUUGUAAAAACUGGCUGAAGGGAAUCGCUUAGUCUUUCCUCUCCUGACUGAAUCCUUGUAUUCUACAUUGAAAGCAGUAAUAGUACUUAACUUCUAUCCCCGUUUCGUCCUGGCAAGGGUAACUAGAUUUUAUAUGUUGCUCUAUCGUUUGGUUAAUUUGCUCGGGGUAAUCCGGACAGCCCUACAGAACAAAAAUUUGUUAUUAUAUAGAGGAAGAAACUUUUAUUUUAUGUAUUUCAAACUUUAUAAAAUAAUAACUGUUAUUUUUUGAC